GGAAAGGAGGAGGACACAAGGAUAAGAGAGAGAAUAAAAAGGGACCCCGGAGAGACAAAGGAAAAGAGAAGCUGCCCAUCUCUAUCUCUCGUGGCCGCCCUAAUACUUUUAUUUAUUUAUAAAAGGCUUCUUCCUUUUCCUUUGACAUUCUUUAAAGGGCGAGGAGGAGUAGUGAAUCUAUCAAACCGGCAACUUCAGCCUCCCGACUCUCUCUCUCUCUCAGAAUGGCGUCUUCAAGCCCCCAACAUUGCCACAUCAUCGAGGUCAAUCCAGGCAAAUCCGUUGAAGAAAGCACAACAACCCUGGCGAGCAAAGCCUGCGGAGAAGCCCCCUGCGGCUUCUCAGAUCUCAACAACGCUUCCGGCGACGCCCAAGAACGCAACGCCUCCAUGCGCAAGCUCUGCAUCGCCGUGGUGCUAUGCCUUCUCUUCAUGACCGUUGAAGUCUUCGGUGGCAUCAAAGCUAACAGCUUAGCUAUACUCACCGACGCAGCUCAUCUCCUCUCUGACGUUGCUGCUUUUGCCAUCUCCCUGUUCUCCCUGUGGGCUGCUGGCUGGGAAGCGACGCCGAGGCAGACUUAUGGGUUUUUCAGGAUUGAGAUUUUGGGAGCUCUUGUCUCCAUCCAGCUCAUUUGGCUCCUUACUGGUAUACUUGUCUAUGAAGCUAUCAUCAGACUUCUUAGUGAGACUAGUGAGGUUAAUGGGUUCCUUAUGUUCCUUGUUGCUGCUUUUGGGUUGCUUGUGAAUAUCAUAAUGGCUGUUCUGUUAGGACAUGAUCAUGGUCACGGUCAUAGCCAUGGUCAUGAUCAUCACAGUCAUGGGGUGACUGUUACCACACAUCAUCACCAUCAUGGUCAUGGAGAGGACAAGCAUCAUCACGCUCAUGGGGAUGAAGACGUUACUGAGCAGUUGCUGGAGAAAUCAGAGAAGAGAAAGAGGAACAUCAACGUCCAAGGAGCUUACCUCCAUGUCCUUGGGGACUCCAUCCAGAGCGUUGGCGUUAUGAUUGGAGGAGGCAUCAUCUGGUACAAACCGGAGUGGAAGAUAGUUGAUCUGAUCUGCACGCUUGUCUUUUCGGUUAUUGUCUUGGGGACGACCAUCAACAUGAUCAGAAGCAUUCUUGAGGUGUUGAUGGAGAGCACGCCGAGAGAGAUCGACGCUACGAAGCUGGAGAAGGGUUUGCUGGAGAUGGAGGAAGUGGUGGCUGUUCAUGAGCUUCACAUUUGGGCUAUCACGGUGGGGAAAGUGCUGCUUGCUUGCCACGUCAAUAUAAGGCCAGAGGCAGAUGCUGAUAUGGUGCUUAACAAGGUCAUUGAUUACAUCCGCAGGGAGUAUAACAUCAGUCAUGUCACUAUACAAAUCGAGCGCUAAAAGGCAAAUCAAACAUCUGAAGAGUAUUUUGUAUAAGCAUUUUCAUUGACAUGAUGAUAAAAUCAAUAAAGUUUUCUAUGUUUUUUGUCCA